UAUAGUCGUCAAGUCGAGUCGAGCUGCGCUAUGGUUGCAGGAACAUGGUCGGUCGCAAAGUCAGCGCGUAAACGUCUCUUUCGAAAACGUCGAAAUCGUAACGGAACUACUAAACAAGAAGACGGCGUAGACAUUCAUCAAGGUGUCGCCAUGUCCUCAUCGACUCGUGCUGAAUCAGUAUCAUCACUGGCAAUGCAAGACAAUGCAGUUGAGGAAAAAUCUGGAUGGCUCAAUAAAUGGACCAAUUACAUCAAAGGAUAUCGGCAAAGAUGGUUUGUGCUAGAUUCUGCGGGAGUUCUGAGUUAUUACAGAAAUCCCAGCGAGGUAGGACAGUCAUGUCGCGGAAGCAUCAAUCUUCAAGAGGCCCGUAUACUUUCUGAUAAGGUAACAAAUAAUAUUGUGAUAUCAGCAUCAUCACAAACAUUCCACUUGAAAGCUUUGAAUGAUGUAGAUCGACAAAAAUGGCUGAGUGCAUUGGAAUAUUCACGACAUAGAGCUAUAAAACAAGCUGAGAGUGACGAAGAUGAAGAAGCUCACCUUGGCUUUGGUGAAUCACGGGUAUCUGUAUUACAGAAAACUCAUAAAGAGUUGCUCAAGAAACUUGCUGACCUGCAAACAGCCGCCAGAAUAUUAGAGAAAAGUGGUGAUGAUUUGAUUCGAUGUGUGAACGAACCUGAAAUCGAUAGAAAAGCGUUAUCAGAGCGAGCGGCCUUGCUCAAGAUCACAAUUUCUGCGGUAUUGAAAGCAGCCGAAGACUUUGUCGAGGUGUCGGAUCGUGGUUCUCGACGAAUGGGUAAAGUUGUCAUCACAGAGCAAAAAGAGAAAGUCUUACUACAGGAACAGUUAGAAACGCUAGCCAAGCAGCAUUCCAACCUGGAAAGAGUUGCACUUACAGAUAACAUGAUCACUAAGCCUCCAUUGUCGGCCUACAGUGACGAUAUGGAAGAUGAAUUCCAUGAUGCUGCUGAAGAGUUGAGUCUUUCUGGAUCAAGAAGAAAUGACUCGGGUCGAAAUUCGGUAUCGGAACCGUUUUCGACGUUGAAUGACGGACCACCGAGUGCAGAUGCUAGUAUGGCAACUGCGCCUUCGUCGUUCAUGUCCAACAACUCUAUCAAAAAUCGUGCGCGGGCUGGCCGCGAGCGGCGAACUACCGUCCCGGAUCGACCGGAUCUUCCCAUUAAUCUCUGGUCGAUAAUGAAAAAUUGCAUUGGCAAAGAGUUGUCGAAAAUUCCGAUGCCAGUAAACUUCAGUGAACCGUUGUCCGUACUGCAGAGGAUUACCGAAGAUUUAGAAUAUGCAUCGUUAUUGGAGACGGCUUCUUCUCUGGAGCCAUUCGAACAAAUGGCGUAUGUUGCUGCCUAUGCGGUCAGCAACUACUCAACUACUGGAAACCGCACAAACAAGCCGUUUAAUCCACUGCUUGGCGAGACAUACGAGUUCGAUCGUACUGCUGAUCUGGGAUGGCGAAGUAUCACUGAACAAGUCUCCCAUCAUCCUCCUGCCGCUGCGCAUCAUGCUGAAGGUAACGGUUGGGUAAUGUACCAGGACUUUACGAUGACUAGCCGAUUCCGUGGCAAAUACCUAUCUGUGAUACCUGUAGGCUACACGCACGUGUACUUUCCAGGCUCUAAAAAUCACUAUUCAUAUAAAAAGAUUACCACUACUGUACACAAUAUAAUUGUUGGUAAAUUGUGGAUCGAUAAUCAUGGAGAUAUGGAAAUCAUCAAUCAUGGUACUGGUGAUAAAUGCAUAGUGAAAUUCUUCCCAUAUUCAUAUUUUAGCCGUGAUACACCUCGAAAGAUAUAUGGUGUGGUACAAAACCCAGACGGAGAACCUAAAAUGGUCGUACAAGGUACAUGGGACAAGGCCGUGGAUAUUUGCAAAGUCCUGCGAAGCUCUGGAACCGGCGAUAAAGCCAAGAUUGAUCUGGGAGAGCCCAAGCGCAUUUGGACCGUGAAUCCACCCAUUCCCGGUGCCGAGCGAAUGCACAAUUUCACAAAACUGGCUGUUGAACUUAACGAACCGGAACCAGGUGUAGCCCCUACAGACAGCCGAUUACGACCAGACCAACGAUUGAUGGAAGAGGGCCGAUGGGAUGAGGCUAAUAGGAAGAAACUAGAAUUAGAAGAGAAACAACGUGUAGUACGAAGACGAAGAGAAUCUGAAAUGGAGAAAGCCAUGCAGCAGGGACUCUCCUACGAGGAAUACCAACCGAAAUGGUUCCAAAAGACACAGGAUGAACUGACUGGCACGCUAAUCCACAAAUAUCUUGGCUCAUAUUGGAGCUGUAAAGAAAAAGGCGAUUGGUCAGGUUGUCCGUCGAUAUUCUAAGCCCCUAUCGUACUCUACCUUGCCUUAUAUGUAUUGUGUGGAAGUGUAUGGUACAGACGAAGAGCUGUGAUGUAAAUAUAUAUUGCCUUACCAUACUUAGCUGUUGGUAAUGAUCUUUUUUGUGAGAGCGGUAGAUGUGUCCCGGUAGCGUUUAUGAGACUGUUAGGACUAUUGUAUGUUUUUUU